AGGAGACUCAAGGUUGGUGGUGACCAUGUUCAGCAGCCAGGAAUAUCUGGAGAAGAAAACCGGUCCAUCUGGUGUAGGGCGGUUACAGUACCUCCAGUCACUGGUCACAGAGUUCCAGGAUACAGAUAAAGAAGAUUGCAAAGAACAAGUUUUAGCUAAUCUGGCCAAUUUUGCUUACGACCCAAUCAACUAUGAACAUCUCAGGAAACUCAAUGUCAUCGACAUGUUUUUAGACUCUCUAACAGAGGAAAAUGAGAGGCUUGUAGAGUUUGGAAUUGGUGGUCUGUGCAACCUGGCUCUCGAUAAACAGAACAAGGAACACAUUCUAGCCAAUGGAGGUGUGGACCUUGUCAUCCAAUGUCUUUCCAGUCGAAAUGAGGAGACAGUGCUGAAUGCCAUCACUACCUUAAUGUUCCUCACCACACCUGCUUCAAAACCAGCUAUUACUCGUGUCUCAGUGGUGGAGUGUAUGCUGAGAUUUCAGCUGUCCAAAAACUCUCGACUCAGCAACCUGGCAACAGUCUUUUUAGAGGACUACUGCAGUAAACAGCAGGUAGAAGAAGCCAGACAGGCCCAGGCUGGUGAGGCUGUGGGGAUCACACUGCCUUCAGCACCACAGGAGACAUGA